AUGGCAUCAUCUUCAUCAAUGAGCGCUUUGAAGCUAAAGGCGGUGUCAGCAGCAAACCCUAACGACACCGCAACAAAGGCUGAGACGGUGGAUCUCGGAAACGGAAGCGACGUCGUUUUCAUUCAGAGGCUAAUACCUUCGGAACAAUCAUGGAAAUGGUUCCAUUACCUCGAUAAGCACGUCCCAUGGACCCGACCCACCAUUCGCGUCUUCGGUAAAUCAUUCCUCCAGCCUCGAGACACAUGUUAUGUUGCAACUUCAGGAUUGACUCAGUUGAGUUAUAGUGGAUAUCAGCCACAUGCAUAUUCAUGGGAUGAUUAUCCACCACUUAAAGACAUCUUGGAUGCUGUACAUAAAGCUCUACCUGGAAGUAGUUUUAAUAGCUUACUCUUGAAUAGGUAUAAGGGUGGUAAUGACUAUGUUGGUUGGCAUGCCGACGAUGAGAAGCUAUAUGGACCAACUCCUGAAAUUGCUUCUCUAUCUCUCGGAUGUGACCGCGACUUUGUUUUGAAGAAGAAGCCAUCUAAAGAAUCUCGCGAUGGAAGUGAUGAACCUGCGAGCAAGCGAUUAAAGAAGAGUGGCCGUGAUGAUCAACAUUCUUUUAGGCUUAAGCAUGGAUCCCUUUUGGUGAUGAGAGGCUACACACAGCGAGAUUGGAUUCACUCUGUACCAAAGCGUGCAAAAGCGGAAGCAACACGCAUUAAUCUCACCUUUAGGCGAGUUUUUUGA